UCUGUGUGUGAAAGUGUGUGAGAUGGGGGAAUAUGUCCACAUACUUGUGCAUCAUUAAUCUCUACUUCCUUUCUUGCUUCUGGAUCACCUUGACCAUAGAGGCAAAUACAAAUCUGAGUGGACAGGUGUGUGCAUGUGUGUGAGUGAAUGAUAAGAAAGCAUCCGACUGGUCUGAGGGAUGGCAAAUUGAAAUAGCCCAGGUGAGGAGGAGACUCAGGACUUUCCUCUUCCCCCUUCUCCUCCUCCUACACUCCCUCCCUCCCUGUGACGCGGUGUGCAUGAGUGUUUGGUGUGUGUGUGUGUGUGUGUGUGUGUGUGGGUGAGAAAGCGAAACAGGUCAGCAGUGCUUCAGCAGACUGGGAACCUUCACAGGAGGAAGCAGCCCUCUGCAGACUCAGAUCUUUGCUGAAUGGGAUUAUCAAGAGAGGACUUCUUUAGUUAAGAGCGUAUCUACAUCAAGGUUAACAUCUUAACCAUCAUCCAAACUCCAGAUACAAGUCCACUGGGUUCAGGGCCUGCACGCUUUUAGCAACUAUGGCAAAAACCGACGGCUGAGCCUCUCGGAGACCCCCUUCAACAGAGGAGGAUGGGUGAUGGACCCGUAAAAUUCAGCAAAUUCCCUCCUCUUCAUUUCAACCUCUCAUGGAGAAUCCCAUCAGACCAAGGCCCUCCUGGAACAACGCGUCCGCAUCCACAUUCCAAAACUCUUUUCAGCCAAAUGUGUCUAAUGUAAUCAGGCAAAACGGAACUGCUGCGAAUGGGAUAGAUCUGAAUCAGACCUUGGGGCUUUGCGCUAUGCUCGUCAUGGACAUUCUAGCAAUUGUGGGGAACUUGGCUGUGAUGAUUGUGAUCACUAAAACACCACAGCUGAGGAAGUUUGCCUUUGUGUUCCACCUCUGUCUGGUGGACCUGCUGGCAGCACUGCUGGUGAUGCCUCUGGGGAUGCUGUCAGACCGUAUUCUGGAGGAUGAGGCUCUCUGCCGCAGCUACCUCUGUCUGAGUGUUUGUCUAGUGAGUGCUGCCAUCCUCACCAUCUGUGCGAUCAACGUGGAGCGGUACUACUACAUUGUCUAUCCCAUGCGUCAUGAGGUGAAGAUGACUGUUGGGGUGGUGGUAGCAGUGCUAGUUGCAAUCUGGAUUAAAGCUCUCAUCAUGUCAAUGUUGCCCUUGCUAGGAUAUCUGCUCCAAGGGACUCCCACUGUGGGGACUCCUGGAGACCUAGUUCCCAGUCAGAGACACUGUUCCCUCCACUGGACUGGAGGAAGGACCACACGACUAAUUUUCAUGGUUUUCUUUACUGUAAUCUAUUUUCUGUGCCCUAUGCUGAUCAUUUUGGUGGUCUACUGCAAUAUGUUCAAGGUGGCCCGAGUGGCAUCCAUGCAUCGUGGUCCAAACCCCACUUGGGUAGAAACUUCGAGGCAACGCUCCGACUCUGUGAGCAGCCACUCCACCAUGGCAGCAAGCCUUGCAGGCACUGGAGCACGUGCAACUCCUCAAAGGACCUUCAGUGGCGGGAAGGCCGCAGCAGUUUUGGUGGCAGUCGGAGGUCAGUUCUUCUGCUGCUGGCUGCCAUAUUUCUCCUUUCACCUCUACUCGGCUGUCAUUUCAACCUCUCCGGCCUCCCUGAUCCAACUGGAGGACGUGGUCACAUGGAUUGGCUAUUUCUGCUUCACCUCCAACCCCUUUUUCUAUGGCUGCCUGAACCGACAGAUUCGAGAAGAGCUGGGCCGCCACCUGGCUUGUAUUUUCAAAAAGGCCGCACCAACAGAGGGAGAGCAGCUACCCAGCCGUGAAGCCUCCAUCGAGGAGAACUUUUUGCAGUUCCUUCAGGGCACUGGAUGCAAUCUGGAGCCCUGCAACUCUCACAGCAGAGUCACCCCAGAGGAGGCAGGAACUGAGGGUCUUCAGGAAUCAGCUGUUGAGCAGAACACGCCAGCUGACUUCCAUGUCCCAGGGCAGAUCCUCGAGGAAACGGCAGAGUUCAUGCAGCAUCAACGGCUAAACAAUGAGCUUUGUGUAUUGAAAAACUGCUGCAAGACUGUGCCAGAGAUAUAGCUGCCUCAUAUACUGUUUCUUGCACCAAGUAAUAACACAAUGACGAUUUUUUGUUUUAUUCAUAGUGUUUGUUAUUUAUGUGGCAACAAUUUCUUUGGGCAAUAAAUCCAGGAGACAGCAAGAUUUGGUUUAAGAGUAUGCUUUUGGUUAGAACUCUAACUCUUAAAGACUUACAGUUUGGACUUUAAUGACUGCCACUUUACGUGUUUUGGGCGUCAUAUGGUGUCAUGCAGUUUUUGCUCUGCGUCACAUAACAUUUCAUGUUUUGGUUACAGUUCAAGUGAAGUGAUGAUCUUCAUAUAAACAUGAAGAGGCUCUCAAACAUGGCUAGAAGGUAAAUCAGGGAAAGAGAUGUUUUAAAUGCUGAGUGACUGCUGUAGUUUUCAGAAAUGUGUUUUAUUUAUGAAGUGUUUAACAUCAUUAACCCUACAGAGAAACAGACUGAUAUCAGUGGUAACAGAACUAAUGCACAAAGAAAAGCACUAUUUUCAAAUGGAAAACAUUGCAUUUCUGUACUUAUUUGUUGUCCUUCAGAUCCUUUUAUUUAAAGUUUUUAAAUUUUGAAAUAAGAAGGAAACUCAUUGACAAUUAGAUCCAGUUAACUCAGAAAUAAAGAGCUAUGAAAUAACAAUUCUCAAGCUUUGUUUAAAUUAUUUUUUAAGUACUGCUUUAAAGUAGCCUAUGCUGAAAUUAGCAAAACAUGACUUGAACAAGGAUAUAAACAAUUUUCCCUCAUAGCUCUGCUUUAAAGCUUACUCCAGAGUUGAAUGUUUUGUGUUUGUGCUCAUUAGCUAAGUUGGGGUUUAUGUCAUGCUUUGAUGGAAGUUCUGACAUUAUAUGUUAAUGGAGCAAAACAUUAGUAGCAAGGUUGCUUGGGUUCACUGUCUUCUCCUACAUCAUACUGAGUUUGUUUUUAUCUUGCAAUUAAAUGACUGCAGAAUUUCCUUUGAGUACAGCUUAACGCAGCCCAAUAACAGUGUGAAUACCAAAGGAUUUAAACAAUUGAAUAAAAAUAGAAAACAAUAUAAAAAAGCAACAUAAAAAGCAAAGCUUACCAGUUUUAAGAAAUACGUUUUUUACUGUUUUCAUCAUGAACUUAUUUUAUGUUUUUAUUUAAAAAAAACAAGGAAUUAAACAAUGUGAAAGGCUUUAAAUAAAAGUUUUGUGUCAACGUUUUGAAACUUUUAUUAAUUAAACUUUUAUUAAUUAAACUUUUAUUUAUGAACAGGAUUGUUUCACAGCUUUGUCUGGUAUUUAUAAUAAACAGCCUGGCAGUGUAUUUUUAGUCAUUUUCCAGAAUCUUAUUAUCAUGUUUAUCUGUUCUUAGUCUUGUGAUUAUCACCUCUUCACCAAAAUGGGAAACUCGUGAUUUCAUUCCCUUCCACUCAAAGACAAACAUUGUGGCUGAUUUAGUUUGUUUAGGAGCAGCGCAGUGUAAAAGGGUUUUAGGCUCUUUCAGAGAACAGCCGCGCCAUGUUAGAAACACUACAGGAAUAAAACACCCUGUGAUGUCUGUGCUGUUUACAGGUAAACAUCAGAGCGGUGUGAGCGCUCUCGUGUUUGUGCAAUAAACAACCAGGCUUGUUGUGGCUACACAUAGCACAGAGGUGUGACAACGCUCGCAGACAUGGAAAGCUUUGCCUUUGGCCUUGUUUAGCAGCAAAUGGAAGACAUUGAGACACUUUUUCUCUUUCUAGAAGAAUAGCAAAGCACUGUGCUCAAGUCACACGAGUGGAGACCAAUUUUCCCAAGAAGACAGAUAUGUUAAUUCCUAAAGUGAAGGCACCUUUCGUGCUGUUUUAUCUGUCUGUCUUAUAUGGGGUAGUCUGUAUGAUCACAAGACUCUGAACACAAGGCAAAUGGCUAAAACAAAAAAAUGGUCUCUUUGUGAGGGGGAACAAAUAACACUGUUCAUUUUCUUUCAGUUUGACCUUGUUUCAGACAUGUUUUUCUAUUUUAAAAUGUUUAUUUUUGCAAAUGAGAAUGCCAAAAGCCAAGUCUAAGCCAAGAGCACUGACAAAGACAAAUAAGAGAUGCACUCUUCGAUGUUCCUCAGUUUGUGUGUUUUCAUUUAUUAUCAGCACUUAUAAAACUGUUAAUAUUAAGACAUUAUAUAAAAUGCCUUGAUUUAUACCACCAGCGUUUGUAAACAUUAGCAGCAAAACUGCCCUGACCAGUCUGAUAAAAUGCUUUAAACUCUCCUUCUGUCAACAUUUGUCAAUUCCAAAGAUGGGGACGCUAUCUGCUAAACUGUUGGAAGUGGAUAAUUUAUUUACUUUUUAAAUGCAAUGUUGACCUCUGUAUCUCAUCCGUAAGCUGGAUGUAUUCAUUUCCCAUAGCAUUUAUGUUUUGUACUUGAGCUGAAAAGACUGUUAUUCCUCCUGUGUUCUCUCCAUCUGCUCAACUCAUUAAAGACAACGGCAAGAAUUUUAAUUUGAGUGUUGUUGCUGCAGAUAUGCGUGGACCAAUAACUACAAAUGUCCUUGUGUGUGUUUUUGUGUGUGAUCCCAGCAGGAGUUAAAAAGAAGGCAAAGUUAGGUUAAGGAUAUAAUGAAAGCGGGCAUUAGUAAAAAGCUUGAUGUAGAAACUAACUUUUACCAACAUUAUUUCCAUAAAAUUAACUUUUUUCAUAAUUUCCGAGGUUCGGCCUUUUUGAUAGUUGAUAGAAGAUUGUCUUAUGAUGUUAGGGGCUUUUUGUUUUUAGCUAAUUCUGUUAUUUCCUUCUACCAAGCAUAUAUUGAGAAAAUGUGAUUAAAAUGACAACAGAUAAGUAUUGAAAGAUGUUCCAAGAUGUUCUAUUAUCAAUUAUUCUUAGCAUUAAGUUUAGUUUAGUUUUUCUUUGCUUAGGUUUAUCUUAUGUAAGCACAACACAGCUUCAUGUUGUGCUUGUAGUAAGAAGUUCAGGAGCCCCUUACUACAAGUGCAGACAGGAGCGUUAAAUGUCCGGUAACUUAAAAAUAGUUAUUUAGAGACCUGUUAAUCUGCCCCAAAAUACUCAAAGGCAACAAUGGAAAAUGAGGCAAAAUAAUAAGGAAAUCCAUUUACAGAAGAAUUUAAAAAAAAAAAACUAAAUGGUCAAUCUAACAAUGCAUGAAUAAAACAAAGGAGUAUGAACUGUGGAAGCCAAAAAGGGGAUUUUAUAGGUACUUUUAGAGCAAAAAUGGGAACAUAG